AUGACCUUUACUCUUUCGCCACUCAAGUUGGCCAUCUUCCCUGUCCAUCAUGCUGUGACAAAUUGUCGGUGGUUUCCUCAACAGAAACACCAGCUCUCUCUGCCCUCCGGAGAUCCUUCUUCAAAUCUUUCACUGCACCGACACCCUCCUUCCCCUUCGCGUUUGUCAAGUCCAGGAUAUGAUCUGGUUCGAGAACUUCCUCUUGGAUACACUCGACCGAAGACCAUCAGAGCCCACGUUCUUUUCGUUAUUGGCCAAAACGGUCUCGAGAGCGAGAUCGGCGCAAAACCGAACGGGUUUCGCUUUUUGUUCAUUGACUGCCCAGGACUCAAAGGCAUUGGCGGUGGGACCAAGAAGAGAAGGAUGGAAGACGAGAGGGUUACCCCCAUGCAAAGAUGUAUUGUUUAUGUUGCAUGUAUCCCUGGAUGGGGAGCCUCGGCGAGGAAAGAGGCGGGCGCUUGCCAUAUUCUGUACUCACUGUGCCCAUUGCAACCGUGA